UAUCAGCAGAAAUUCAUGCGCACUUUAGUCUUGCGCCGGUUUUACGAACCUACGAUCGCUCAAGGGAUGGUCAGAUUAGGUCCUGACAGCAACAGUGAGUAAGACGCGAUACUGAGGUUUGUAUAAAACCCUAAAUAAUGGCUGCAAUUCACCGAGAGGCAAUACAGAAGCAAAUCCAACAGGAUUGGGCAAAUCGCGAAUACAUCGAAGUUAUAACUGGAAGUAUUAAAAAAAUCACCGACUUCCUUAAUUCAUUCGAUAUGUCAUGCAGGUCACGACUGGCUGUUUUAAAUGAAAAACUAACAACAUUAGAACGUCGCAUAGAAUACCUUGAAGCAUGUGUAACUAAAGGAGAAACCUUGACAUAACAUGACAUAUAUGUAUAUAAACGUAUAAUUUAAAUUAAAUAUCAAUAAUAAUAAUAAUAAUAAUUUACGCAUAGAAACUUUCACCUCUUUAAUAUGUAUGUACAAUAAAUAAUGUAAACUAUUUGAACCGAA